AUGUAUGUCAAGUCUGUGAUGAGGAACCAUUCGGCAAUUACAACGUUCAUCCUAUUGGGUUUGACAGAUGACCCACAACUAGAGAUUUUGGCGUUUAUCUUUCUGUUGAUCACAUAUUUGUUAAGUGUAGUUGGGAAUCUGACCAUAAUCUCUCUUGUGCUGGUGGAUUCUCAUUUACAAACAGCUAUGUAUUUUUUUCUUCAAAAUUUCUCUUUCUUAGAAAUCUCAUUCACAGCUGCCUGUGUGCCCACAUACCUCUACAUCAUCUCAAGUGGGGACAAAACCAUCACCAUCAAAGGCUGCUUCAGCCAAAUCUUUUACAUUGUCCUUUUCGGAGCUACAGAGUUUUUCCUCUUGGCUGUGAUGUCCUAUGACCGCUACGUGGCCAUCUGCAGACCCCUGCACUACAUGAGCAUCAUGAACAGCAGAGUCUGCAGAAACCUCAUCCUCUGUUGUUGGGUAUCUGGCUUAUUGAUUAUCCUUCCACCCCUUGGCCUGACUCUCCACCUGGAAUUCUGUGACUCUGUUAUUGACCACUUUUUCUGUGAUGCCUUUCCAAUACUGAGGAAUUCAUGUUCAGAUACAUGGUUCAUAGAGCAGCUGGUUGUAUUCGGUGCUGUAUUGACCUUCAUAAUGACCCUUGUGUGUGUAGUUCUGUCCUACAUAUACAUCAUUAGGAUGAUUCUAAGACUACCCUCUGCCCAGCAAAGGAAAAAAGCCUUUUCCACGUGUUCUUCCCACAUGAUUGUGGUUUCCAUCAGCUAUGGCAGCUGCAUUGUCAUCUAUAUCAAACCUACAGCUAAGGAUGAAGUGGCCCUUAAUAAGGGAGUUUCUUUGCUCACUUUGUCUGUUGCCCCUUUGUUGAACCCCUUCAUUUAUACCCUGAGAAAUAAACAAGUAAAGCAGUCUUUCCAUGACACUCUUAGAAGAAUUGCUUUUUAUUCAAAGAAGUAG